AAUGCUUUGUUCUCAGCCAAAAUUUGCCGUCGAAACUAAGAUGGCUUGUUGCCGGAAGAGGAAAGUCUCUCAAGUUACUGAUUUCCGUCAUGAUCUUGAUGUUACGGUGUUUGAAAAAGAUCACAAACAAAUCCGACCUGCGAUGCUCAAGAAACGUUUUGCUAACGUAAUAUUCAAGUCCGAACAACAACUUCUACUUGGCAAUCAUGAGUUUGAUGAACUGCAAAUCAAGAAGAAAAAAGAAAAUCAGUUGCGUGAAGAGAAAGUGAAAGUCAAGUUGCUGAAGACACAACGGCAAAGAGAAAGAGAAGGCGCUGCUCGUAAUAAUGCCAUAGAAAGAUGGGUGGAUUUUGACGAUAACCUGAAAGCAAAAAGAAAGUUGUCGAUGUUGACAAAGGUGCAGAUGUUAAAACGUACCAGAGAUUACUCAUUCUUAUUAUCCGAUGAUGCAGAUCUUCCGGUUCCAUCAAGAGGUUCCUUAUCUCAUAAAGCCUCUGACGGGCGAGUAGCUUUACCACCAAGCAGCAAGCAAUAUUCUUCAACCAAUACAGCGAGAAAGCUGCUAAAUGAUCGUCAAGUGCACGGGAAACCUAUAUCGGGAAGCAGCCAAAUGCAAUCGAAACUGUUGAAUCAGAAAUCAGUUUCUCUUUGUAAGCAAACUCAACUAGCAUUAGGUCCAAAUGGAAAGAGGGUUUUGACACCAGGUGUCAACAGCACCGUGACUGCUUUGCACAAGCCAAACCCUUCAAAGUUGCAACCUUCUAUUCCAAGGCAAUCCUUGGUACAGAAAAAGGAAAUAGUACUACAAUCUGGAAAGUCAAAGGUGAUGCCAAAACAAGCUGAGCCUUCAUACAGACCUAAGCCGAUUAUGCAGAAACAGACAGUGCCAUUUUCCAAACUGCCUCCUAAAAACGCAACUCGUUCUUUGGAAGAUAGGCGCCCAGCAAGAAAACCAAUGAGACACGAUGAUGAUGGAGCAGAAGCUAUUAGUAUGAUCAUUAGGAGGAUGUUUGGGUAUAAUCCCAACAGAUAUCGAGAUGAUGAUGAUGAUGACACUAGUGAUAUGGAGGCUAAUUUUGAUGACAUACUGAGGGAAGAAAAACAAAGUGCUAAAAUAGCAAAGGAAGAAGACGAAGAAGAACUCCGGAAGAUAGAAGAAGAAGAAAGGAGGGAGCGGUUGAGAAAGCAGGCAAAGAAGCGCAAGUUGAGCCAUUAAUGACGGCAAAUAUGUUUUCCCUUGCUUGAUAGCCAGUAAUAUUUUAAAGAACUAUGUUAUGCUUGAACAAGAUGAUAGUGCCCCUAUAUCUAUGAAAUAACAAAUCAAUGUUUAUUUAUAUGUUACUUUUUAUUUCGUUGAUCUUAGUACGUAUGUAAUUUUAAUUUGUCCGCAAAUGCGUGUGUCGGU